CUGCUUCAGCCUUUUGUGUCGGUAGCAGAAGGCUGAAAGGGUGUCUUUGCCCUUCUGGCAGGCAGGCAGGUGUCAGGAUGGGCCGCGCUGCGAGGAGCCGACGCUAGCGAGCGAGGUGUGAAGAGCUGUCCAGGAUGACCAACUCCUCCUCCACGUCCACCUCCUCCACCACUGGGGGAUCGCUGCUGCUGCUCUGCGAGGAAGAGGAGUCGUGGGCGGGCCGGCGCAUCCCCGUGUCCCUCCUGUACUCGGGCCUGGCCAUCGGGGGCACGCUGGCCAACGGCAUGGUCAUCUAUCUCGUGUCCUCCUUCAGAAAGCUGCAGACCACCAGCAACGCCUUCAUCGUGAACGGCUGCGCGGCCGACCUCAGCGUCUGCGCCCUCUGGAUGCCGCAGGAGGCUGUGCUCGGGCUGCUGCCCGCCGGCUCUGCGGAGCCCCCCGGGGACUGGGACGGCGCCGGGGGCAGCUACCGCCUGCUGCGGGGGGCGCUGCUGGGCCUCGGGCUCACC